GUAGCGCGUGACCAUUUGACGAGGUAAGACUCCACGAGUUGUUAGGGUGAAGUUUGCAUCUCACCUUAUAUUCAAUGGCUGUUACUCUAGCGUCAAGUGGAGUGGUAUCGACUAACCUUAUCAACUACAAUCGUUCCAUAUGGUUAAUCAUACUAGGUUUGUGGAGGCAGGGCGCUUAGUAUUCAUCGCUUCUGGGCCUUAUGCAAAGAAGGUUGCAGUCAUAGUAGAAAUAAUUGACCAAAGACGGGUUCUUAUUGAUGGUCCAUGUUCUGGUGUUCCAAGACAAGCUAUGAACUUGAACAGACUACAUUUGACAAAGCUAAAAUACAAAAUUCCUCAUGGUUGUGGCACCAAUGCAGUUCAGAAGCUAUGGUUAAAAUAUGAUAUAACAAAAGAUUGGGAGAAUACUGUAUGGGCAAAAAAGCUGCACCGCAAAUCUCUGCGAGCGUCUAUGUCAGAUUUUGACCGAUUCAAAGUCAUGGUUGCUCGUCAACAGCGGAACAGCAUUUUGAAACAAUUCAAGAUGAAGAAGCCCGAAGGAAAAGUCUCGAAACCUGCAAAGGCUGUUAAGAAAUAAACUAAUAAACUUUGUGUCCUGUCGCAUGCUUCUCAUAGUUUUAUAUUUUGGUGGGUU